UCACGUUUCGAGGUGAGAUGGCCGUGGAGUCUCUGCUGGUUCCUGUGAAGUCGAAACGGACUCUGUGGACAGACAGCAGGAGGCGAGAAACCCCGCCGCAGUCCCCUCCGACCUCCAGUUUUUAAAAAUAACCACGGUCUGAUGUCCUGGUUUUGUUCUGCAGAUGAGCAGCCUGAAUCCUGAGAACCCAGAAAACUGCUAAACAUCUCACCAACACUCCUGAAUACUGCAGACUGGUUUAAGCCCUGGACAGGUUUGUGCUGUAGCUGUGUGGCCGGGCAGCCUGGCUGCCCCCCUGCCUCCAGAUGAAUGAAGAGCACUCCGGGACCCAGAGACACAGCUGAUGCAGGUGUUUCUGCAAAUAUGAUGAAGAAAAAGAAUCCCCAUAAGAAACAUAAGAGCAGUCUGGGUCCAACCACCAAAGUUCUGUCUCAGCCACGACGCAACAUCGUUGGCUGCAGGAUCCAACACGUCUGGAAGGACGGCGGAGGACACGUGAUCUGGAAAGGAACAGUGCUCGACCAGGUGCCAGUAAACCCGUCUCUCUAUCUGAUAAAGUAUGAUGGUUUCGACUGCGUUUAUGGUCUGGAGCUUCAUAAAGAUGAGAGGGUCCAGGGGCUAGAAGUGCUCCCUGACAGAUUGGCUAAAUCCCGCCUAACAGAUGUCAACCUAGCGGACACCAUGAUAGGUAAAGCAGUGGAGCACAUGUUUGAGACGGAGGAGGGUCCGAAGGAGGAGUGGAGGGGGAUGGUGCUGGCCCGGGCUCCCAUCAUGACCACCUGGUUCUACAUAACCUACGAGAAAGACCCUGUCCUCUACAUGUACCAGCUGCUGGACGACUACAAAGAGGGAGACCUCCGCAUCAUGCCCGACUCCAACGACAGCGUCCCGGCGGAGAGGGAACCUGGCGAGGUGGUAGACAGCCUGGUGGGUAAACAGGUCGAGUACGCCAAAGAGGACGGCGGCAAACGAACAGGCAUGGUCAUCCACCAGGUGGAGGCCAAGCCCUCCGUCUACUUCAUCAAGUUUGACGACGACUUUCUUAUUUAUGUCUACGACCUGGUCAAAACUUCAUAAGACUUUGUGGACGUCCUGAGUCCCUCCCACGCGACAGAAACAAAAUGCAGCACAUGUUGAAACAUCUGAAGCAUUUGAUUGAGCGCUUGUUUUCUCAGACCAUCAAAGACAAAAGUAAAGACUCAAAAGAAGAAUUCUCACAACGGAAAGAGAGGAUAGAUACUUCUGGAGAACCGCCUUGUUUUUGUGUUCGGUAGCGUUUAAGAUGGGGAAAAAGACAGCUUGGGGACAUUGAAGACCCUUAUCGAAGACCUUCAUAAACCCUUAAAUUAAAAAAGAAAUGUUUUUACAUUACCCGUAUGAGGUCCAAAAUAUAGUGAAUACCCCAAAAUAUUUUUCUGAACCAGGUCAAAGCCGUCCAAAAAUUCUGCUUCACUCUAGAAAGAGACUAAACCUUGAGAUCCAUUUUCAGUGUUAGAUUUCAUCCAGUGGGCUGCCUGGGGAGGGACAUUUUGGUCAUAGUGAUGUGGCAGUUAAUUUGAGGCACAGCUAAUUUGAUCCUAAUGAAACUGUGGAAACAUGACAUAACUGUCUUCAAAGAUUUCUUGUCAUGUUUCCUACAUCAGCUAACACAUCUGGCCACAGAGAAGAUCAGCCUCCCAACAAAGAUGUGAAAUCUGGAGCUAGUUGGUGAAUGGGGCUUCAAAAAGGCUACAAGAAGGAGAAUUCUCAGACCAGAUGAACAAACAAUUGCGGUCACUAUGGAGAAGGAGCUUGUCUUUGUUUUCGGCUACACUCUUCCACCAAGUUUAAUGAAAAUUAGGACGGUAGUUUUAAUAGACAAAUAACUGGCACCAAAAACAUAACCUCCUUGGCAGAGGUUAAGUUUUUACUUACAAAAAUCUUAAUUUACUAAAAUAUUUUGACCAUGCCAAAUUGUAGGAAUUUGAUUUAGUUAAUCCCAUAAUUUUGGAUUAGUUUGUAAUUUUUAUGUCAUAAUAUUUAUUUAUUAUUUUUGGCUGAAAUGGUCUUCCAUAUAUCUGAGAUCCAUAAGACAGGAAACAAACAAAACUGGUUACAGUCUAAUUCAAAGUUGGACUUUGAAGGGGGUUUUAAGGGGUAAAAACAAAACAAAAAUCUUCAACCAAGUUUGGUCUGGUUUGGUCACAGAAAAGGGGACACUUAUUAUAUCCCUUUUGUUUCAAAUGAAAGUUAACUGAAGUGGGAUUUCUGUUCCGGUUGUUGUACAGGACAAAACAUUACAGGUUUCUUCAUCAUAUAGUGUGCUACUUACACAAGCUUCACUUUAUAGACUUCAACUGAAUAUUCAUGGAGAGGGUCAACCAAUCCUCAUCUAAAGACGUCUGCAGUUAAAAACUGAUUUAAAAAAAAAAAGACGGGGGCAGUUUUUUGCUUUUAUCAUUGCCAAAAGCCCUUCCUGUUGUGAAGUUGUUUGAUGUUACAGAUGAUCGGACAGCUUUUUCUUGUGAUUUCAAAAAGGCCUUUGGAUUUGCUCUAGUGUUGUCUUUUCUAAGUCACCAGUGAAGGAGUGACAGAGAAGUAAAACUGAAACUUGGCCAAAGCCCUUCCUGUCCUUGGCUGUUUGUUUUACUGUUAAAUACCUUGUUACAGAAGGAAAAAAAAACCCUGUGAUUUCUUGGGUUCUCCUUCCUCCGUUUGGACUUCGAACACAGUGAUGGAUUCUAAAUGUCACACACCGUUGAUUUAAGGACUGGAAAACUUGGUUUAAUGCACCUUAAAUCCCAGGGGAGGAGAUAAGAAGAAUAUUCCCCCUGUGUUGGACUUAAAUUGUCACCAGAAUCCACAAGAAUCUACUAGAGUGAUGCAGUGAAGUUCUCAUCCGUUAUUAAGAUGAUGAGCAUAGCAUUGUUAAGGGUUCCCUUGGUCGAAGAUUAUUACUGAAACAAAAGCAUCCCAGUUUGUAUUUACACACAAAGAAAAAGAUUACAGACUCCUUGUGGUGUAGAUCUGAUGCUCUCCUGGGCGACUGAAGAAGAGUUUUUGUCCGGAGCCUGUGAGAUGAUUUGGUCUGUUCCACAGCGUGUAUGCAGUAAGAGAGGACACAGUCAGUUGUGUUAAGUAUAUGAAGAGAUUAACAACCAGUGAAGGUUUAAAUUUCCUUUUUCACAAAUGUACAUUUGAUUUUGUUUGGAUUUAUUCGAGACUGAAGGUUUUCCAUAAACACGGUUCUGUACUUGAGCAGUAGUAUUUCAGCAAAAUUUGAAUAUACUGUAGGGUCAGAAUCAAUCUGUUUUUACUGGCCAGUGACUGAUAUCCCAGUUAAAUUGGUAAGAGUCCUUGAAGAGCAUUUAUUAAAGCAAAAGAACAUGUUUUGAGAGCUUGUCGGUUCCUCAAUGUAUAAUUUUGGACCAGUUUAUU